AUGGAAGACGACGACUACAAUACCGGCGGUCUGAUGGAUGAACCGGAAGGCUACCUCCCUCCUACGCCACCGCCGACUCAACAAGUCUACACCCUCCGCACGGGCAAGGCCAUCACAUUACACCUCGUGGGCGCCUCGCCCACGGAAGCUCACGUACUCUGGAACGGCGCCAAGAUCAUAUCCGACUACUUUGAGGAUGACCCGACCCGUGUCAAAGGCAAGACUAUUCUCGAGCUGGGUGCUGCAGCAGGUCUGCCGUGUCUUACAGCAAGCGUACUAGGAGCCCAGAGGGCGGUCAUGACGGACUACCCGGACAUUGACCUCGUCCAGAAUAUGCAGAAGAACAUUGACGAAUGCGAUGCUACUUUCGAACCGGUUGGACACAUUGCGAGCACCAUCGUGGCAAAAGGCUUUAUCUGGGGCGCAGACCCCACGACACUGCUUGCCGAGAUACCAGAGGGUGGCUUCGACGUGCUCAUCCUGGCAGACCUGCUCUUCCGCCACAAGGAGCAUCCGGAUCUGGUCAAGACGAUCCGCGAGUGUCUAAAGAAGACCCGCUCGGCGAAAGCGUAUGUGUUCUUCACGAGCUAUCGCCCGUGGAAGAGGGAGCUGGACAUGAAGUUUUUCGACAUUGCGAGGGAGGACGGAUUUCUAGUCGAGCAGGUCGAGGAGAGGAAGCUGGAGAAGCCUCUGUUCGAGAACGACCCGGGUGAUCUGGACGUGCAGAAGACAGUGAGGGGAUUCGUUUCCCCACGUACGUCCCCUCACUCUGUCCUCGUCCCGUCAACAAACAUUCAACCACACAUACACAAGCACAGAAUGUCAUCAACACCGCACCUCGACGCCCUGAACCGCGACGGCUUCGUCCUGAUCAAAUCGCUGUUCAGCGCGGAACAGGUCUCCCACCUUCAGACCAUCGCCUCGCACGCCACGCAGCUCGCGCGAAGCGGCCAAUGGCCCCACAUCCGGACCUUUGGCAAGCAGUUUCCCCCAUGGCCAUCAACGCCCGGCGAGAAGGGAAUCUGGGGCGUCCAGCACCUCAUGAACCCCUCUCUCCCCGGCGCUGACGAGUUCGCCAAGGUGUACUUUUCGGAGGAGAUACUCGGCGUCGUGCGGGAGCUGCUCGGCUGCCGAGACGUGGACCUGGUCAUGGAGCUCUUCAACAUGCUCGUCCGGCCUGAGGAGGAUUUCGAGCUACGCUGGCACCGGGACGACAUCCCCGCCACGGCCACGGCGGACGAGGAGAUGGCCCGGCUCAAGGAACCGGCGUUCCACGCACAGUACAACUUUGCGCUGUACGAGGACGCAUCUCUGAUCCUCGUGCCCGGGUCCCAUCUGCGCGCGCGGACCGACACGGAGCGCACUGCUUCGCCGUUUGAGAAGAACGUCCCAGGCCAGAUUGUUGUCACGCUCGAGCCGGGUGAUGUCGCGUUUUACAACAAUAAUAUCCUGCACAGGGGCGCUUACGACAGCACCAAGGAGAGAAUGACGCUGCACGGGUCGGUGGGGCACGUGAAGGGGAGCACGUUGCGGGCCAGGAACGUGCUGCAGCAUGGCGUUGGGGAAUGGGUCCAAAAGUGUGAUCUGGGCAAGUUGGACGGCUAUGAAAGGGAGCGUGCCGAGGCGAUGAGGGAGAGAUUAGUGAAGAUGGGUUCGGGGGAGGAAGUAGGCUACUCGCUGGAUGGUUGA